GAGGCGGGACAUUACCAAGCAUGCAUUAAUACAAACAGACACACACCUACAAACUGAGUGAGAUCAAUUUAAAGCCUUGUCUUUGCAUUUUCCCCCACACACUGAUUGGAGAUGUCAGCACCUCGAUCUGCUUCAUCAAAAAGUUUUACCUCAACUCCCCUCAAAAGCAAAUCUGCUGUCCCUAGGAGCAUCCCGAGAAGCAGGAGUGUAGAAUCGACCGGCGAUUCCACCUACUCAUUACUGUCCCCCAUUUACCACGAUAGCUUCGAGUUAUCAGAUGACGAUGCAGAAGAAGCGCUGAAAGAGUGUCCACCACUGGAUGAUCCCUCUCUUACAGAACUUCAAAGUGUAUUACCCAUCAGCCUUAGCAGGAAUGAGUCCCAUCAUGCAGAAGAUACCUCAACUGAAAAGCUAAAUCUGAGUGCAUGGGAGCAGUGGCUUGUGAGUAAAGCCAAAGAAGAGCGAACCAAAACACAUGAGAGAUCACUGGAGCAACAAGCUCUGAAAGAAAAGAUGAAGCGAGAAGAAAUGGAACAAAAACGAAAGAAAGCAGUCAGCGAGUGCAAGAUUCAGGAGUGGCUGCAGAUAAAGAGAGAACAGGAGAAACAGGAAAAGCUUUUUAAGGAGUCCCAGAAAACAAACAAAUUUCUUCACGAAGAACAGAAACGGUUGGAGAUAGAAAAAAAAGCCGAAGAAAAAUAUAAAGCCUGGCUGCAUAAGAAAAAGCACGAGGAAAAGGAAAGAAAAUUAAAAGAGCAAGAAGAAAUAACUAGACAAGAAGAGGAGGAGAGAGAGCGAAAAGAAAGAGCGGACGAGACGUUUAAAGAGUGGCUUAAAAGCAUUAAGGACAAAGAAAGGCAUAAACGUCAGUCAUCGGCAUGUUCGGCCGGUGGCUAUGACAAUCUAAACUAUCCAUCUCCCAGUUUUGUAAAUCCUAUUCCUUGGAAACCUAUUCACAUUCCACAGCACGAUAGAACACCUGGGACGAACUCAUCACACAGGAAACAGCCAGGUCCAUCGAAAUAUCACUCAACUCCAUGUACUACUUACAAACAUAAAGACACGUUCAGCUUUGCAUCCAAGAGACGGUGAUUGGGUCAUUUUCAGAUCAAAUAUUUGCUUGAUUUCCAUAUCACCAACACCACACUGCAAUGUGGCGAUUUUAUACAUUUGUCAUUUUGUAGGGGCAAAAAAAAUAAAAUUAACAUUUAAACCUU